GUUUGGGGUGGAACUGCGGCCGAACUAAGCCUGCUUAUCUCCGACAUCCCGACAGCCUCCAGGGACUCGCUGAAGCUCAGGAAGGUGGUGUGCACGCAAACGAGUGUGGUAUAUGUGUUACCGAGCCCCAAUGAUGAAGUCUUGUUGGAAUCACAUAACCGUUCGUACACUGUUAACGACUUCGACGAUUUUUUUCGGAGCUAUUGGCUUCCCGCUCGGAAAAAAAAACUAUGGAAAAAGAUCAAAAUUAUUACAUAUCCGCUAGCUGAGCAUUCUCCACAGGUGACCGCACACUGUUUGUAUGGAACCAGAGUUCCUACAGUAGAGAAAUAUCAUUUCAAGAAUGGAGAAUUCCCGGAUAAACAGCCAACGGUAACUUAUGGUGACGGGGAUGGAAUAGUUAACAAACGCAGUCUAGAAGCCUGCAAUAAUUGGAACCAGCGGUAAGAAAAUAUUAAGUCACCCAGAAGUCAUAUCCUGGAGUGGAUCAUUUUGCAAUAUUUUGAGAUACGGACGUGCAGAAUUCUAUUAGGACUCUUUUGUUUUAACUAAGAAGUGUGAAUUUAUUAAAGGAAGAGAGUAUUGGCUGACCAAUAAGAAAACGGGGGAAGGGAAACAGGAAAAAAAAGGAAUUAUCCCAGACAGCGUCCAAUGAUUCUAUUUAGUGAGCAAAAGUUUUCAGGAAAAUACAUUUUCAAUUAUAUUUUGCAAAAAGUGAUUUGUUUCGUCUCGUUUUGUUUUGUUUUUUUUUUUGUCUUUUUUUUAGAGAAGCGCGAUCACAGAAGCAAUAAAAGUGCCAAUUAUUUAUGUCUUUGUUUUCAGAGGGUACAAUGGCGGAGAGCGUUCGCACCAUGAUUCAAACAGACCUAAAACUAAAGUUUAUCUUUUAAGGCGAGAAAUACUUUUAUCAUUUUGCCUGCUGUAAGCUCACUUACACACAAAAAGGUUUCUGAGCUUUUCUAUCAUUCCAGCCGGUUCCCUUCCCCCCCUACAUUCGUAGGGCAAGUUCAAAAUGGCUUCUGGUUUCUUUUCAAUAGUAAGUUUGGGUAAAUUUAUGUUGUUCAUUUAGUUAGGCAAAUCACAGUAAAAUGGCUCUUAAUUGGUUCACAACGUCAGUUUUCAAGCCAUUGUUGAUUCCAAGCCAAGCACGGUAUUUCCAUCAAAACUUGAAACAGAAAGAAAUCGUUAAUUUCAUGCACUUUUCGGUUACUGCCCGAAAUUUCAUUCCCGUCCCUGCAAGAUGUUAUGUUUUCUUGAAUGUCCGGCCAGCUCAUAAAAGAAGUAAAGUUAAUUUUACAAAAUCAGAUAAAAAAGCUUUUUCUAAAUUAGUUUAUCACCUCCAAUACUUUUUCAGCUGAACUUUUGUAACCUGCAUUGAUUUCCUGCAUUGAUAACCUACAUUGAUUUCCAAAGAGAAAAGUGUGAUGUUUAAUUAUAAACGUUUCCUUAGCUGUCUUCUCACGUUGAUUGAAAAUUAUAUACCGUGUAAACAUUCCACGUUUAGAAAGUAACACAAAGCCUUUGCUGCUGAGGCGGAGGGUUGGAACUAGCAUGUGAUUGGCUCGAAACCAUUUAUACCAUUCUUUCUUGACAAAGAACCUUCACUAGUCGAGUUACAGUUUUGCACAAGUUCGACAGCUCGAGGAUCCCUCAAAAUGCUAAGCAGGAGAUCGAUUUUUUGCGUGCUAGUUUUGAAUGUAACACUAACCUUUGGCAAAGGAUGGUGGAAAGAACCAACAAGCAAACCAUCUAGACAACCGCUGAAGACUACUCAAGGCAUAAAAACGCCGGUGAUCAUUGGUAACAGCUGCUGAAAAUAUUAAUUCUUUAAUUCUGAUUUUUAAUAUUUCCUGUGCUGUUAGUUAUGAUAUAUAUGUGAUCUUGUUAAACAGUAACCAAUUCCUUUACCGUUGACGUAAAACUGCUAAAUAUGGGGAAUAAUAUAUGGGAACGAAGACAACGAUUUGUUUUCUUUAGAAUCCCAAACUUAUGCUUUUCCACUCUCGCUAGCCCUGAAAUUUUGGUGUUUCUUCGGACUUACGAAAUUUUGAUUAUUAUUAAUCAUUUUCCUUUGCUUUCUCACCGAAUUGUUGGCGGUUGUAUUAAUCAUUUUGUGAAAAAAGAAAUUGAUCAUUCAGCAUUUAUUGUAGGUGUUUGCUCUAUUGCGCUCUCUCAAGUCCAACACUGCGUUUACAAUCGAUUGCUGAAUGAACCUACGCUCCGCACAUCGAAGGUUCAGUUAGAGACCUUAUAUCGAAGGGCGGAUCUCGGGGGAGGGUCAGGGGGUUCGGACCCCUCCCCUCCCCCUCCCCCUCCCAUCAGACUUAUGGGUUUCGUUACUACCUGUCCGAAAUCGCACAUCACCACUCAACUUGAAGUAUUCGGAGCGUGCUGAUCCUAAGAUAUUGCGUGGUUAUCUGGUUUCUAGGAAAAGAGAAAUUCUGCGUUUUAGGAAUAAAGUUUGAACCCCCAUCCCUUCGUAAAAUUCCUGAAUCUGGCCUUAAUAUCAAGGGCUUCGAAUUCAUUAUUAUCCACAGUACCAGGAUCUGGAGGCAGUCAAAUUGAAGCCAAGCUGGACAAACCCAUUGCUCCAAGUUGGUUUUGCUCAAAGAAAACUUCAGAUUACUUCACUCUGUGGUUUCAAAAGUCAUCUCUCCUCCCUUACGCUAUACACUGUUGGGCUGACAAUAUGAGGUUAGUAGAAGCUCUCUAGCCAUGGAACAAAUAUUAAUUCGUUGAGAUGGCCUGGUCAGACGCACGAAUAAAGUCCAGUAGGCCUAACGGAUAACGUGUGUUUACAAUGUAGCGGAGAACACAGCCACCCCCUGACUUCCUUCUAAAUAUUAUCUUGUUUUGAUCAUUUUUUAACGGAUUCAAUUUCCAGGCUAAUUUAUGAUGAAAAGACAAACACCGUUAGAAACGCGCCGGGUGUAGAAACGAGAGUUCCCGGAUUUGGUGACACCUCAACCAUAGAGCACUUGGAUACCACAAACUUGAUCUCGUACUUUAAACCAAUGGUAGAUGCGCUGGUCUCCUGGGGAUACAAACGAGGAUUCAGCGUCAGAGCUGCACCGUAUGACUUCCGCUAUGGACCUGGUGAGUAGCACUUUGAUUUCAAAUGUCUUAAACGUGAUUCUAAUAAAAAAAAAAAACAGGUAUAAACAUGCUCAGAGAGCUACAGAUAGGAAAGGGGAAACCGAAAGCAGCUUAGCUCAGGUUAUAAUAUCAAAUUUCUUUCAGAAUCAGCGUCGGAAUAUUUUGGAAAACUGAAGAAAUUGAUUGAGGACACGUAUUUAGCAAACGGCAACAAAAAGAUAACUUUGAUGAGUCACAGUCUGGGAUGUCCCUACACAUUAGUUUUCCUCAACAAGCAAACACAAGACUGGAAGGAUAAAUAUAUUCUGCAAUGGAUUGCUCUUGCAGGUUCGUAAAGAAUAGUAAACAUUCAUGGUAAACAGGGGUGUGGCAGGGUUUCUUUAAAGGAGGCUACACUGUGAUACACCUAAGGUACCUACUGGACUGUCAUACGGGUAUCCAAGGUUUGUUUUCUUUGAAAAGUGACGUUUUGUGGGAAAAGCAUCGAGUGAUGCAUGCCGCAAGGGCGGGGUGAGGUUAAGAGAACCUGAUGACCCCGCUGGCUACUCCCUUGAAUAACAUUCUAUGGCUAAUAAGCUCAUCUAUUCUCAUCACUUAUUUACAGGUUAAUUCAUUGAAAUUGCAAGGAACAGUUACGAAAUAUACAUUAUCAAUUAAAUAAAAUAAUUAUUUUAUCUUAAACAGGCGUUUUUGGCGGCGUAGCAGAAAUGAUUAAUCUCUUCUCUGCCGGAGUUACCCUUGGUAUCCCACACUUCCUUGUGGACCCAAUUGACGUCAGAGGUCAGCAGCGAACAUCAACUAGUAACGCCCUAAUGAUGCCUAGCCCUGAACUGUGGGGCGCGGGUGAAGUCUUGGCCAAAACACCUGAUCGCGUCUACACGGUGAACGACUACGAAGAGUUUUUCAGAGAUGUUGGGUUCCCACUCGGUAUAAAGCUCAGAAAAAUGGUGAAAGAUCUGAUCUACCCUUUAGCCGCGCACGCGCCUCAUGUGAGGUUACACUGCUUGUAUGGCACUGGAGUCCAUACCCCUGCAAGCUAUUUGUUUGGGAAAGGAGAGUUCCCGGAUAAGCAACCGGAAAUAAUUUACGGCGAUGGGGACGGCACAGUCAAUCGACGCAGUCUGGAGGCCUGCGGUAAAUUUAGCCAGCAGCAGAAUUACGACGUCACGCUUAAAGGGUACGAUUCAGUGAACCACGAAGGAGUACUGGGCGACACAAACGCGCUGAAUUAUAUCAAGGGUGUUUUGUUCUAA